AUGGAAAUGGUGCUGAAGAAAUGUUCUGCCGUCUUCGGCUGUGGAAGAAACCAGAACGAGGCCGAAGAUGCUUGCGAGGCCAAAGACGAGUACAUGAUCCGCAACGGAGCUCUGCUGCUGCAGAUGCAGAUCUCCUCUGGUCACGGAAAAGGAUCCGCCAGCGAACCCAUCAGAUCUUUCUCCGCCCGGGAGAUCAAGGAAGCCACCAACAACUACGACGAUCGCCUUAUCCUAGGCCCGAAGUUUUAUAGCACUGGAUACAGGGGAACUCUGGAAGAUGGCCGUGUGGUUGCCGUCAAGUCCCCUCGAGGCCAGCAUCCUAAUGGACAGGUCAUCGAUUUCUUCCUGAACCAGGUGGUGAUCAACCAGAUUAUCAACCACAAGAACGUGGUCAAACUUCACGGUUGCUGCCUUGAGACCCGGGUACCGACCCUGGUCUAUGAGUUUCUUCCCAACGCCAACUUAUUCCAUCAAAUUCAUGGUAGAGGUGGGAGUAACAGCAUUGCCGCUUUUAACCUUCCGUGGUCCAAACUGGUGAAGAUUGCUGCCGAGACAUCGCACGCACUGUCCUAUAUGCACAUGGCCCUCGCAAAGCCUAUCAUCCACAUGGAUGUUAAGCCCACCAGCAUUUACUUGGACGAGUCCUUCACCGCAAAGCUGGCUAAUUUCGGUUUCUCCGUCUCGAUUUCAACUGGUGAGGAUUUCAUAAGCCAGAUUGCUGUGGGGACGUCUGCAUACAUGGAUCCGGAGUACUGCAUAACCCACCGGGUCACGGAAAAGUGCGAUGUUUACAGCUUCGGGGUCACCUUAAUGGAAUUGCUGACAGCGAAAAACCCAAUGGGUACUGAGAGAAGCCGCUACAGAAGAAACUCAGGCAUUCGCGGGGUUGGCAGUGAGAUGCGCAGCGAGCAGAGGAGAAGAGAGACCGACGAUGAGAGAAGUUGCAAUCGAGCUAAGGCGGAUACAUCAUGCUGCUAA